AAUGUGUGACGAACCAACCGGAGAGUUCUAGCGUAAACCACACCAACUUUGUGCGAACAAGUCGUUACACGUGGUACGAUUUUUUGCCACGGAAUUUGCUGGAUCAGUUCAAGAAUGUGGCGAAUUGUUACUUCGUUCUCACCGCGAUAUUACAGGUACCGUUGUGUGCGAGUACUGAUUAUGAGGUCCAGAGCGAAUUAAGAGCUUCUUGUCCUUGUCGUGAAAACUUCAUUAUCUGCAGGUAGCCCUCACUCUCUGAAACCGAACAACCAAUCUCCUUUACCAGAGCAUCGGACCUAUCAGCGACAGCGAUGGACAGCCGACUAUUUUAGUAGGCCUUUUGCCUAUCAUGAUGGCUGUAGCCGUCAGAGAAGGCUUAGAGGAUAGAGCACGACACAGAAACGAUGCCAGGGAAAAUUAUGAAUAAGAAUAGAUACGAUCAUUUCGACUAAAAGACAUAAGGGUCGUAGACAGAAAAUACGGGUCGUAAGUGCACGAAGAAGAUAAACUUCAAUCACGCGCUCUUCGUGUACUUAGCGUCCGUUCCUUACUCUAAGGACACAAAAAAGAUGAGGGGCUCCUACUUGCUCUUCUUGUAAGUGUAAUUAGUGAUACAGAUAGGGAUACGAAGAUAUAGAAAUUAUAUAUACCACAGAACUAUGUUUGAUCACUGUCAGAGUAUAGUCUGAUCCAGUACUCUAAGGUUUCAAGAAGAUUGUCGAACGAUUCAAGAAUGGCAACGUAAACCCUACACAAUGGAAGGACUUACAAGUUGGUGACGUGAUUCGAGUUCGAAAG